AGCUCUGCGCGCAUUAACCGCUUAUUGAAGAAGGCUGCCUGCAAAGUCUAUGCGCUUCAACUGGCACGGUUUAGGUCUUAGAUAUAUUUUCUCGUGGCUCGCUGGGUCUCUGAGGACUGUAUUGGCUUGCUUGGGCAAAUAGUGGGUAGCUGGCUCACUGUCGCUGUGUUGGCCUGUUGUCAUGCGAGGCUCAGGGAACACAGGCUCAGCCUAGAUCGCUCGGGACCGAGGUAUCCAUUUUGGCCACUGGCAGAGAGACGACUUAGGAUUCGUGCUGACGGAAGCUGGGACGAGAGGUAGAGCCCUAUUGACCUUAUCAUCAGCCCUCCAAGGCAGAACGCACGCACCACGCCCCUCUGUCAGCCAUCAUGUCUAAUUUUCGCACGCUGGUCCACCCACCAGCAGUAGAUACGCCCACUCGGCUAGAGCAACGCCCUCCUAUUUCCCAGAGCGGGGGCUCUUUCCUGGCCACACAGAAAGGCUGGCCUCCCUACAUGCCUGGCUAUUUCGGCCCCUACUCGCUGCCUCCUAGAAAACCCUCGGCCAUUUUGGAUCUUCGCGACAAGCGGUACGGGAAAGAGGCGCGAGUGGGAAAUCCCCGUUGGGCAGAAGGUUCCUGGCCCCUCCCCUACCACACCUUGUAUUUCGACCCUCAGACUGAGGGAGACUGGAAGCACUUCGAGCGCUUCAUGCCUCCGGGACAGAUGGUACGUCGGAGAUGGCCGCAGGAGCCUCUGGAAGAAAUCCGCUUCCCAGAGCGAGGCCUUGCCGACCCAAGUCACUUGAACAGGAAGAACUAUCGCGGCUACCACUUCUUGCCCAACUACUCCCGGCGCUAUGUGGUCGGCGACCCCCGCGCGCCCUGGAACAAGGCAGGCGACUUCACAUACACGUCCUGGUCCACUGUGCUACAACAGGCGGACUUUUAGACCCGUACUGUUACGUUGGCAGCACUGUCGUUGGGAUCUGUACGGAUAGAGGUUGUGGUGCUUACCAUAAUCCAUCAGCCAACGAAAGACUGAGCUUGAGCGCCAUGUACAUAACACUGUAUACAGAAAACAAUGAGUUUAAAGCACAUCAAAUACGUUUUCUUUUGCUUUCAAUCAAGAUAUCGUGUUUCUUUUCACACAAGAAAAAGACAUAUCAGUCUAGCCGUUUACACAUUCUUGAGCGUGCGGUUGGUAGUCUUCAAUCAAUACGUCCCAAAUGGCCCGAUAUCGAGAUACACCUUUGGGCGCUGUCUCAUAGGACUUGUUUAAUCUGAGAACUGUCUAAAAAUAUUGUAUUGUAUAUAUAAUAACGCAGAUUUACUGCGUCCAGAAAUUCACAAUAUUUAAGGACAUUAUUUCGAGUGAAACAAAAGUAUUUCAUCUACUUUCGCCAUUUAUUUUGUUAAAUGGAGAGAAGGCUUUGCAUCAUUCUUUGAUGUCGUAUCUCUCUAGAUCUAUAGUCAACAUAAUAAAAAUAAGUGAAAAAAUA